GGCGCGAUUCUCAAAAGUUGGGCAACUCGGCGCUCGACAGUCUCCGACUCACCGACUUGUUCCCCGUGCUCUCGAUCGUACACACAGACGCUUGCGAACGCUCUCCGUGACGGCAACGCUCGUCCUGCCCGCAGCGCCACCUUGACGUCUCACUCAGCGCAAGAAAGGCUGUAUCGACAAUGAGUCGGAGCACUCGCUCGAAGCCAAAGCCACAGGCCUCUGAAGGCCAGCCGACAGCUCGUGUCGAGCCCCUCGUUCACUUGGGUCCCGAACGUGUCACGAAUGCAAGUCAUUCGACGCCCUUGUCUCACGUCCGUCUGGCUCACGGACUGCUGCUGGCUCUCCAGGUUGCCAGUGAAGAUAUGCCCAAUGCGACCGCUGGCGUGGAGGAUCAAGGGUGGAAUGCGGAAGCUUUCAAGGCGCAGCUUGGCAUCAGCAUCCUCUCGCUCUCGCCGUCAGAGAUCGAAUUUGACAUUAUUGGCAUCGACGCGGCGAUUGCGAAUGCUCUGCGACGCAUCAUGAUUGCAGAGGUACCCACAGUCGCGAUAGAGACCGUGUUCGUGUUCAAUAAUACGUCCAUUGUACAAGACGAAGUACUCUCCCAACGACUCGGUCUCGUACCACUCAAGAUCAAUCCUCGUCAGAUCGAUUUCAAAACUCCGGAUGAAGGGCCGACCGAUCUCAAUACCGUCGUCUUCUCCCUUCUUGCGAAAUGCGAGCACAGACCGGGUCACGACCCAGAUGAAAAGGACCCGGACGAGCUCUACAUAGAUUCCAAUGUCUUUUCUGGCAAACUCGAAUGGAAGCCACAGGGAGCCCAAGAGAGCAUGUUCGAUACAGACGCGACGCGACCUCGACCGGUGCAAGAUGAUAUCCUCCUGGCCAAGCUCAGACCAGGUCAGACUAUCUCUGUCGAGCUCCAUUGCAACAAAGGCAAUGGCAAGACGCAUGCAAAAUGGUCUCCCGUCGCAACGGCAUCGUAUAGACUCAUGCCGCAUAUCAGAAUACUCAAGCCCAUCCCGGAACAUCUGUGCGAGAAGUUCAAGAGCUGUUUCCAGCCGGGCGUCAUUGGCAUCAAGAGAGAUCUAGACGGGACCAAAUGCUGCAGCGUUGACGAUCCUCGGAGGGAUACAGUGAGCCGGGAAGUUCUUCGUCACCCCGAAUUCGAAGGCUACGUCUCACUCGGCCGCGUACGAGACCAUUUCAUCUAUAAUGUCGAAUCGACGGGACAGUAUGAGCCCGAGGAUCUGCUGGAGGAAGCAUGCGGUGUCAUGCUGUCUAAGAUCCAAGCCGUGCGCGCAAGUCUGCACGAGCUGUCCGAUUCUGGCGCCAAGAUGGAUGUGAGCUAGCUGAGCCCAUCGUCAAGCAUUUUCGCAUGUAGUGUAUCAACGUGCAUCCUGUUGUGCUUACAGAGAACUCAAGAUGUGAAACUGUGAGGAAGCAUGAGCAUGAGCUUGCGCCUGUAGGUCGUACCGAGCGUCCGUUGGAAUGGAUUCCCUUCGAAAUAGACCGUAUCGAGCGCAGGAUGAACCGACGCAGAUAGAACUUCUUCGAGUGCUUGAAAGUCCGCAAGCUUGUUGU